UAUUUUUUUUUAAUUCAAUAUAUAUCGUCACAUGUAAAUUAUUUUAGUAUAUGUAUAGCUGUGUUAGGGACAUUUUUUAAAUACGUAUAAUUGAAUCAAACCCAGUUUCGUGAGCGUAAGAAACUAGCAUUGUUCCCGACUUCUCUCCCCUCUCUUCUAACCACAUUACAGUUUAGGUGGUAGGUGGGGGAGUUCACUUCCGUACUGGGACCAUGUCCCUCUAUAGUGAAAUGUGUUGAUCGACUUUGGAAUGUGGCAGUGACACGGAGAGGCAAAAGAAAAAAAAAAAACACCUGUGGUUUCAGAAUGUAUUCUUUGUUUUAACUAGAAAGCAGUAUACUACAUAGCGACUCGAUCUAGAUUGUAAUCGAAUUAGUCUCAUAGGGAGUCUUCUGUUAAGUAAAGAAAGAAAAAAAGAAAAGCUUUGGACUCCGGAGUGUUCGAUCAAGUGUUUGGUUUCAAUUUGCAGUCGUUAUUUACUAGGUUAUUCUUUAUGGAUUUGUUUACACUGCAGUUAACAGUCACAGCGACUGUCUCCGACCAGCGUUUACGUUCGAAGUGAACAGAUACAUCCUUGAUACGCCCCCUGGUGUUCUUCAGACACAAGAACCUUUACACUGUACCACAUGUGGAUGAACUUAUCAGUUCAUUCCCAUCGGCAGAUUUCAUCAUUGUAGUCGUCGCCAAACUUCGUCUUGGAGAAAAUGUCCCAACAGGAGAUCCAGAAACUAUCAGAAACCCUUUGACCGAAUUUUCCCUUUUAAGUAACAGGGAUACUAGCCGCUAGCAAGAGUAUGAAUAAUGGGCUUUGGGAAAUGUCAAUCUCUGGCCUGUUUGCGGGUAAACUUUCUGUGCUUCAUCACCCACCUAAAAACUUAAGCUUCAGAGAUCAUAAUGUGAUCCGGAUUAGCCAGAGGAUUAAAUGAUUGUAUGAGAAAGUAUAAAAGUGUAUUCAGUUCCUGGCGUUUGAUUCCAAUCUCUUCUUCCUUAUGUAACAUUUGGUGGUUUGAUAUUUUGUUAUUCAAGUGCAAGCCCAAAGAUGGAACGUGUAAGUGAUUUCGAACGAGAAUUUUAUUUUGACCUCAAGUGGAAAUAUGGAUAAAAGAUUCACUCAAAGUUGGCAAUUAUGUGCAAUUGUAGAGCGUCUUCAUUCUAGAAAUUAGUCUGGAAAUGUCUACAUCGCAGCUGUCACCGAGAUUUGUUGUCUUUGUGAUAGUGUCUCUAGUCACGCAUCUUCUGGAACUGGCUGCUUGCGGACUCUUCUGUCAUAUAUUGUUCCAACAGAGCGAUCUAAAAGCGCCUUGGUUUAGUGUUGCUGCAGGAUUGGUCAUUAUCCCUUUGGUCGCAGUCCAGCUGGCGUCUGCCGUGUUUCUUCUUAGAAGGAAAGGGGAGUCGUCCAGAUCGUUCGAUGUCACGGCCACAGCUGUCUUGCACGUGCUGCAGCUGGGUUUCAUAAGCAGGCACUUCGCGAUUCUCCAGGAGUCGCCAAUGUCAUCGAAAAAGCCAGAGGUUGUGGAGAUCCUCCUUCUGCGAAUGGCGUUUGCUGUAACGUCCGGCUGCACCGUUUUUCUAGCUCAGAUGUAUCUGCUUUUACGUGACGUCAUAGAGUCCACCUGGAUACGUGCGGCAUUCUUUUCCGACAUUUCCUUAAUUGUGACCAUCGCGUGGGCCAUAUCUACCUUCAGAAGAUCUCUGCCAGACCAAGAAUUUGACUUUGUGCUUAUUAACUGGCCAGGCACUGUGUUGAGAUAUCUUUGGCGGGGGUGUGAGCUGCUGACCAGGGCUCUAGCGCUCUGCCUGUUUGCCUCCAUUUACAACUACUGGGUAUUGCUGGUGAUAGGCCUUCACUGGCUUGCCAUGCUCAUCUGUCUGUGCGUGCCUCUCAUGUCUUCAGCGGACUGGGCUUCGGCAAGUUCACUGAAGCGUGGCGUUUACUGCGUGAUGACUUCCUUCAUCUACAUCUUCAUCUUCAUCAACACCAGCCCUGAGAACGCAGUGUUCCGCUACACGUUUUAUUACGUAAUCAUAUUUCUAGAAAACGCGACUUUAAUAGCCAUCUGGCUGAUACAGUGUUCACCUGAAAUAUUGUCUCUCAAUUGUAAAUAUGUUUACAUAGCCGCCUUCUCUUUUGUCAUUUCAGUGGCAUCUAUGAUAGUCUAUUACAAAUUUUUUCACAUAGCCUCGUCAAAGAUUCAGACUGUUUGCGGCAAUGAGGGCUGUGAUGCCUGCAAAGCAGGACUGUCGAUAGAGCACCCUCCGAUCCCACCACGGCCUGAAUCGGCAGAGAACUGGUUAAGUCGUUGCCCGGCCUCGCUACACUUUGAUCAGGACUACAAGCCUGAGAGGCGAGAUUCUUUGCUGGAUUCGGAGAGGAACUCCAACGUGACGAUCAGCUCGUUGCACGCCAGACUGCAAAAGAAAUUGGCAAGCGCAGACUGCAGCGUCGUUGAGAUUAGCAGCGGAAAAAGUAAAUGCAUUAGUGACAGCCACGACGGAAGCUCCUCUCUUGCAGAAGCUGACAUAAAAUCAAAAAGGAAAAAGCCUCCUAGAAAAGGGAAGAAGAAGAGAAAGGACACAUCAGGGAAUUCUGAAUCAGAGUUGAGUUCAGCCCCUGAUGUACCGUCAGUAGAUAACUGCACUCACAAGAGACCCGUUUGGCUUCCCAGCAGAGAUUCAACGUUUGCGAAUCAACUUUUGACCUGCAGCCUCGAAACAUUCAACACAGCAGACGAUGAGCGUUCUUCAGUGGCUACAAGUUAUAGAGGGCAAACCAUAGGUCGAACAGACACCAUGAGCAAAUUUAAUAAUAGCGAUCCAUUACUGUGUAGUGUGUCACUUCCUAGAAAUCUUGAACACAGAUGGUUUUCAGAUGGUUACUGCACUGACCAGACGGAAUUGUCUCGUGAAUCUUCUAGAGACAUUUGGCUUUCUGGCGAAGCUCCAGAGGGCAGACUUUGCAGCUGCUUGGAGCAUACACACGCAGACUCUGAAGUCUCCUGCAUCUUGCAUGUUAUAAAUAAUGAUCAGGGACCGUUGUCUAGGAAUCUUCAUUACAACAACAUUGACCUCACGCGACCUGAAGGCAAACGAGAUCCAGUCCAAAAUAUAUCUUUAAAAGAUAUAGCAAAAAACCGCAAAACUUAUGGUAUACCGUCUGCUCACGAAGCCUGUUCUAACUGGAUUCUCAAUCGCACCAGAACAGUGUCGUCUCCUGCUUCCGAUCCUAGCCAUGGACCAACGGCUAAAAGAAAACAUUCCCCAAAGCGGAAGCCCCAUUUAAAUACAUCAGUCAGCAAAACUACCUCGUCGUCUAAGCCGGCAGAAGUUGAAAUUCGUUCAUCGAGCAACCUACCUCACUCUGAUCUAUCCUCAUCAGCCAUCUUGCCGGCGACGCCUAGCUCUGUGGGCCAAGGAAUGGAACAAGCUCCAAAUAAUGCGGUGAUAAAGGUGAAUAACAAGCAUUAUGAAUUGUCACCUGGCACAAAGGAUUCCCAUACGACAGCUCGUGUGAUGCCAGGCGUGAACCAAAUCAAGGAAGAUGUACCUGGUGUUUUACAGUUAAAGCAUCAAUCUCCACCUUCCCUAGAAGCCAGUGCACAGAAAGCUGAUCAGAUUCUGACAGAGAGGUUCAUCCAUCACUCUUUAGAUCUGCAGGCCUCUGAUGCUGGUCAUGGCACGGAUGUCAACGACAGUGACGAAACGUGUCCCAUUGAGGUCAUCUAUGAAAACAUCUGGCAGGCGCGCCAGCUGCAGGAAUCGAAAAACAAAAUGCUGGCCGGCCUGAGGUCCGAGCGAGCAGCGAAUGGUAUCACCAGUGUCAAGGCCACGUUGAUGCCGACGACCCGCGGUCGAGAGGUCAGCUACAUCUGCAGCGAGUCGGAAGACAGUGCACUGCCCCAGGAAAUAAUGAGCUCAAGUGUUGACGGCUUCACGCCCUCUGAAACAGGAAGUGACCUUAGCAUGGAAAUAGUCAUAUGACCUUAAAAUACGAAUGUAUUUUUUUCCCUGUGUACCCAAUAUUGUGUAACCUCCCCCCCCCCCAACCCCUUUCGUCUCUGGGUAAACUCAAUCAAAUAGCAUUUAAGAUUUUUUUUUAAAAAUGUUUUAAUAAAGGAAUUAAAAAAAAAUAUUGUGAAUAAAUAUACACACGGCAUCGUAGUACCGUUACGCUUCUAGAUCUAAUAUAAAUAAUUAACUUGAGAUACCUUUUUACGUAUUUAGAAAUCUGUACAUGUUAUUUGCUGGGGCCAUUUCUGGAUUUGACAGAGUUCACUAGACGUAGCCUGUUUGGUAUGUGUAUAAUUAUAUGUAACUGGCUGAUUAGUAUAUGCAAGUCUGUCAUUUUUUCUAGUACCUUACAAAAAAAUCAUUUAGUUUUUGACGCUGCUAACGUUUUGUUUUCUUUCUAACGUCGCAAUUUUUUUUUAAAGACGUAAAUUUAUAAGACAAUAACCCAACAAUUUUUUUUGAUAGCUUUAAUAAAAAUCCACUUUUCAACACUUAUCUAUUAACAUACUGAUAUCUAAUAGCAAGACAUAUUUUUAGUAGAAAGAAAUAGAAUACUUGUAAAUUUUACCUAAUUUUACUACUUUAUAAAAAAAAAGUUACAAUUAUUUUAUAUGCAGUUUUUGUAAAAAAAAAAAAUAAUAAUGUAUAUUUUGAAUGUUUUUAAAUUUUGUGCAGAGUAAAAUCAUGGGUGACUUUUAACAGUAAUUUUAUGGAGAUCCCUUUUUUUGUGUAGACCUAUCUGUAGCCCCGCCAGUCCUGCCUUAAAUCCGGCCCUGUUUUAUGGCAGACAUUAACGUUCACUCCCCCCCCCCCCCCCCCGGUGUCAAGCAGAGCUAACACUUUGACCACGUCGUCUGCUCAAAAAGAGACGUGCGCCUUACACUUGCGCUGAAAGCAGUGCCUAAUGUUCGAAUAAAUAAUAGGCCCAGUGAUCAAACAAGAAGACCAAACAGCGAGCUAUUUCAACUCAAGACCUGACGCUUUCUUUCUAUUUAAAUUGUUCACAUUCCUUGACGUUAACAGGUAGCAAGAAACCAUUUUUUUUUUCUUGGUUUUAAUUUGUGGUGAGUUCUGGGUUUAAAUCUCAGAAUCCACAUGAUAUUUUUUAUGUUUAAUUUGAAACGGAAUAGAUCUAUAUGUAUAUAACUAUGACCCAGCGAAAUGUUUAAUUAUAUUUUUUUAAGCUCCAAAGAUAUUAAUAUUCUUGACUGUUGUAUCUGUUUACUAUAAGAGCAGUGUUUCCUAACAGUAAUAAAAAAAACGGAACACUUCGCACAUUCUGAAUAUUUAGCGGAACACUUUGCUUAUUUGUUUUACAGAGGUUAAUUCACGUAGUGGCCUACUAGUUAAUUAUUAAAGUAGUUCGUGGAACAUCUAAUCAGGCCUUGGGUUCCUCGGAACACAGUUUGGAAAACACUGUUAGAUCAUAUUAGGCCUACUUAAAAAAGGAAGUGCUUACAUUUCCAGAAAGAGAGAGAGACGAAAAGAGAGAGAGAGAGAGGGAGGGAUGAGAGAGGAAUAAAGAAGAAAGGAUACAGGGAUAGAGAGAGAGAGAGAGAAAGAGCGAAAGAAUGAGAAAAAAGAUAAAUAGAAAUACGAUUACAAGAUAUUUUAGGGAUUAAGUUACCAGCCAGCUGGAGCUAUAAUGUGUUUUAGUCAAAUUAAGUUUUACUAGAUCUAUUUCCUAAAAAAUGUGAAUUCUUUUAUUUUACCGGUAUCUCUCUAUAGAGCCAGUGACCAGAUAGGCCAGUAACUUAUCUUCCAUUUGCCUGGAGACAAUUAUUUUGUCGUACGAGGCGACCCGCCUGGUCUUUAACAUGCAUAAUGCCAGAUUUUUUGUCAUGUUGCAUUUAUUGUGUAUAUUGAUUUUUAAUGCGUCUGAUAUGGAAAGUUCAUAAGCAGUUUUCUAUAAGCCAAAUAACUCGACCGUGAAACGUAAUGUCCUUUUGUAUUUUUAAAUGAAAAUGAAACAUAAAAAGCAAUAUCUACAGUGUUAGGAAAAGGCUUACCACAGUCCCUGCUUUGAAAGAUCGCUUCAAUCUCGAGGUCGUUCCUAUGAGACGCGGCCUUAGAGUGUGGCGAGUGGAGAAACCGCAUUAGGGGGCCCCGCAAUAAAGAGGAGAUUUUGUCACUGUACACCCGUUGUACAAAUAUUCGUGGCCAUGAUAUGACACUCACCCAGGGCCCUGCGCUCUGGUAGGAACACCUCUGAUUCUUAUGAUUUUGUCAAUAAAUAAAUAAAUUGUCAACAAUAAAAUAUUCUAGGCGCUAAAUGUGAAACCCUCCAGAACUUGUGUUCUGAACUAUGAUUGCAUCAUCUAUAAUUCUUUGAAACGAUUGAUAAUCAAUUAAAUGACAGCAGGCAUUUUCCAGACUCUAAUAACUAUCAGGUUUUUAAAAGUCGUGAGUCCUCAAGAGUUCUACCUUUUUUCACACUCAACUUCUAAAAUCGCCUCUUUGUAUCUAUAAAAUGUGAAUAUAAAUACGCUAGAAAUGAGGUUACAAUAUUUCAUUUUUCUCAGCUCAUGUUUAUGAAGGAGUCACAAUCGAGAUUCGAGAACUUUUGUACGAGUUUCACAAACAACUCACGGAAACUGUGCCAUUACUUCAUUUUAAACUUACCAAGCCUCAAUUUCAUCCCAUUGAGUUUCAGCCUCAAUUUCAUCCCAUUGAGUUUCAGCCUCAGUUUCAUCUCAUUGAGUUUCAGCCUCAAUUUCAUCCCAUUGAGUUUCAGCCUCAGUUUCAUCCUAUUGAGUUUUAGCCUCAGUUUCAUCCUAUUGAGUUUCAGCCUCAAUUUCAUCCCAUUGAGUUUCAGCCUCAAUUUCAUCCCAUUGAGUUUCAGCCUCAAUUUCAUCCCAUUAAGUUUCAGCCUCAGUUUCAUCUCAUUGAGUUUUAGCCUCAGUUUCAUCCUAUUGAGUUUCAGCCUCAAUUUCAUCCCAUUGAGUUUAAGCCACAAUGUCAUCCCAUUGAGUUUCAUCCUAUUGAGUUUCAGCCUCAGUUUCAUCCCAUUGAGUUUCAUCCUAUUGAGUUUCAGCCUCAGAUUCAUCCCGUUGAGUUUCAUCCUAUUGAGUUUCAGCCUCAGUUUCAUCUCAUUGAGUUUCAGCCUCAAUUUCAUCUCAUUAAGUUUCAGCCUUAGUUUCAUCCCGUUGAGUUUCAUCCUAUUGAGUUUCAGCCUCAGUUUCAUCCCAUUAAGUUUCAGCCUCAGUUUCAUCUCAUUGAGUUUCAUCCUAUUAAAUUUCAUACUAUUGAAUUUCAACCUCAGUUUCAUCUCAUUGAGUUUCAUCCCAUUGAAUUUCAUCCUAUUGAGUUUCAGCCUCAGUUUCAUCUCAUUGAGUUUCAGCCCCAGUUUCAUCCCAUUGAGUUUCAUCCUCAGUUUCAUCCCAUUAAUUUUCAGCCUUAGUUUCAUCUCAUUGAGUUUCAUUCCAUUAAGUUUCGUCCUAUUGAAUUUCAGCCUCAGUUUCAUCUCAUUGAGUUUCAUCCCAUUGAGUUUCAGCCUCAGUUUCAUCCCAUUGAGUUUCAGCCUCAGUUUCAUCCCAUUAAGUUUCAGCCUCAGUUUCAUCUCAUUGAGUUUCAUCCCAUUAAAUUUCAUACUAUUGAAUUUCAACCUCAGUUUCAUCUCAUUGAGUUUCAUCCUAUUGAGUUUCAGCCUCAGUUUCAUCCCAUUGAAUUUCAGCCUCAGUUUCAUCUCAUUUAGUUUCAGCCUAAGUUUCAUCCCAUUGAAUUUCAUCCCAUUGAAUUUCAGCCCCAGUUUCAUCUCAUUGAGUUUCAUCCCAUAGAAUUUCAUCCUAUUGUUUCAGCUUCAGUUUCAUCCCAUUGAGUUUCAGCCUCAGUUUCAUCCCAUUGAGUUUCAGCCUCAAUUUCAUCCCAUUAAGUUUCAGCCUCAGUUUCAUCUCAUUGAGUUUUAGCCUCAGUUUCAUCCUAUUGAGUUUCAGCCUCAAUUUCAUCCCAUUGAGUUUAAGCCACAAUGUCAUCCCAUUGAGUUUCAUCCUAUUGAGUUUCAGCCUCAGUUUCAUCCCAUUGAGUUUCAUCCUAUUGAGUUUCAGCCUCAGAUUCAUCCCGUUGAGUUUCAUCCUAUUGAGUUUCAGCCUCAGUUUCAUCUCAUUGAGUUUCAGCCUCAAUUUCAUCUCAUUAAGUUUCAGCCUUAGUUUCAUCCCGUUGAGUUUCAUCCUAUUGAGUUUCAGCCUCAGUUUCAUCCCAUUAAGUUUCAGCCUCAGUUUCAUCUCAUUGAGUUUCAUCCCAUUAAAUUUCAUACUAUUGAAUUUCAACCUCAGUUUCAUCUCAUUGAGUUUCAUCCCAUUGAAUUUCAUCCUAUUGAGUUUCAGCCUCAGUUUCAUCUCAUUGAGUUUCAUCCCCAGUUUCAUCCCACUGAGUUUCAUCAUACAAAUCUAUUCUUGAGUAUUAGAAGACUUCUUUGUGUUCUAAAUCGGUGUUCUAAAUCGGUGAUACCCAAACUACGACCACCAGGACACAUCCCACACGUGACGCGAUUCAAACUCCCGAAACUUGUGACCACGGGGCUAGAGUCUCACUUCUCUUGGACCACGAGUUUUGAGGCAAUGUGGUCCGGGACACGCGUAUUGGAAAUGUAUGCCCCCCCCCCCUCCCACCUUUCUUUUUUUCACAAGACUGAACAAUGUUGGCACCACUGUUGUAAAUGUAAAACUAUGUUAUGGAGGAGACGUGUCUCAAUGCAUCAGCUUUCUUAGUGUGAGCUCUAGGACUCUAGAACCUUGAAAGCUCGUCCCUAGCUAGUCCAUCAGAAUCAUUGCUUAUUAAUUAAUUGACACGUGAUCUUUAUCAGAUGACUCUUCCGUCAUCCAGUAAAAUGCCCGCCUUUUUAAAAAUUGUUUCUUUACAUUGUUUUCAAAGGUCACUUUAUGUAGAAGUCCUCUCCCCCCUCCAAAAACUAAAUUUAGUUUAAUUGUGCCAGCUUCAUUCAGUAACAAGUAAUGGUAUGAAUGUAAAACUACCUCAUAAUAAAAGAUGACAGGAAUAUUACUGACCUAUAUAUAACUCAACUGGCAUGUUUUAAUUAAAUCUGUAUGUUUAUUUUAUCUAUGUACCACAGUGUCAGUGUGGGACUAACGUCUCUAAAUCAGAGAUCAAUUGCCUAUUUGUACAUAUUUUGGUUUUUUUUUUGGUUUUUGUUUAUUAUAACGAGGGUUGUACAUAAACCUGGCAUGUAGAAUGUAUGAAUGAAAACACGGAUUUGCCAAGUUGUACAUGCAUUGCGUAAUGUUGAAUGGGCUUCGGGAGUUCUUCCAUUCUUGUAUAAUUAUUAUGCACAUAAAAAAAACAAACUUGGUAGAAUUUUUGUUUUUUCAUGGUUACUUCCCCUAGUUUUAAACUUUCUGAACAAGUUGUUACUGAUGUAAAUAUAUAUUUUAUUUUGACCGAUUGUUAGUUUUAAAAUGUAUUCGAUAUUACAGGAAGUACUGGUAUGUUGAUGUCUACCUCAAGAAAUGUUGUUUUUUUUUCCUUUUACAAACAUUUGUAUUUUCUUCCAAAAAAUGUGUCUGGUAUAAUAAAACGUAUUGUGAUUAAAAUAUUCUAUUCAUACAAAAGGGCUA